AUGGCGCGGCAGGUUGUGCAGACCAGCGUGCUCUCCCGGCGGUGGAGGCACCUCUGGCGCUCGACGCCGUGCCUCGACAUCGACCACGGCGAGUUCAACCGCCGUCCCGACGUGUGGCGGCGGCUUCUCGAUUUCACCUACAACCUCUUCUCGAAGCACAGCGCUCCGGUCCUGGAGAGGUUCCGGCUGCACCUCGGCGCAAGCUACAACCUGAACGCCGUCGACGACUGGGUCCGCCGCGGCAUCGAGUGCCGCCCGGCGGCGCCCGAGAUCACCAUGUCAACAGAUUGCCAGCUGACACGGCCGCUGCUGCCCGCCGCCGCCUGCCGCCUGACGAGGAUGCGCCUCUGCCGCGUGCGCUUGGAGGGCAGCUUCACCAGGCAUCUCCGGUCCGGGUUCCCCGUCCUGGAAGACCUCGCGCUCGCGAGAUGCGACUGCCUCUUCCAGGAGAUGGUCUCCCCCACUCUCAAGUGCUUGUCCAUCGACUGCUGCGGGUGCUCCUCGAGCUCGUCGAGCGCGCCGCGGACGGUCAAGGCUCCCGCGCUGGCUUCCUUCCGGCUGAUCGCUGCCACGAACGCGAGACGGGACGCAUUCCUGGUGGUGGGUAAUGGAGCAGCCGCCGGUGGUUCCUCCCUUGUGCACGCAUCGAUCACGGUCAGCUGUGGAGAUAGCUAUUUCGUGGACAAGUCGAACAAGACUAUGUUCACGGUCCUCGGCAGUCUCUGCAACGUCACAACUCUCGAGCUGUGGAGAUUCAGUUAUCUGACUGUACGUAUUGAUUCGAUCCUGCACAUGAUCAAGCGAUCUGUUUGA